AUGGCCCCAGGCACUUUCGGGCACUCCCUGGAUGAUGCCAUUUGCCCCCUGCAGGGCCCCAGUUGCUCCCAGUAUGAUCCCAGGGCGUUCCAGAAGUUGAAAAAGUCCGAGUGUCACUUCAUCAACGGCACCGAGCGGGUGAGGUUGGUGGUGAGGCACAUCUACAACCGGCAGCAGUUCGCCCACUUCGACAGCGAUGUGGGGAUCUUUGUGGGGGACACCCCGUUUGGGGAGUUCCAGGCCAGAUACUGGAACAGUAAACAGGAAACGCUGGAGUACCUGCGGGCUGCGGUGGACAGGUACUGCCGGCACAACUACAGGGUGUCCACCCCGUUCAGUGUGAACUGUAGAGCUCAGCCCAGUGUCUCCCCCAUCUCUCCCAGUGCCCCCCAGCGUGUCAUCUUGCUGGUGCCGUCAAGCUCCCAGUCCGGCCCCGGCCGCCUGCUCUGCUCUGUGAUGGAUUUCUACCCUGCCCGGUUCCAGGAUGGGCAGGAGCUGCCGGAGCACGUGGUGACCACCGACGUGGUCCCCAACGGGGACUGGACCUACCAGGUGCUGGUGAUGCUGGAAAUCCCCCCCCGGCGUGGGGUCACCUACACCUGCCAGGUGGAGCACGUCAGCCUGGAGCACCCCCUCAGCCGGCACUGGGAGAUGCCACAGGACACCGUGCGCAGCAAGAUCCUGGUGGGGGUCGGGGGCUUUGUGUUGGGUUUUGUCUUCCUGGUGCUGGGGCUCGGCUUCUACCUGUGGGAGAAGCUCCUGAGCCAGCGGUGGCCACAGCCCCUCCCCGUGGCCUCAGGCCCAGCCAGGACCCCCCAAUCCAUCCCCACCCGGACCCGCACGGUGGAAGUCAUGUCGCUGGUCAUCGCGCGGGCAUCGGCACGGCCCGCGCCGCGUUAUGACGCAUGUGCGGCUGUCCCGGGCCGCGCUGCUGCGGCCGCGUGGUUCGCUUCAGGGGAGCGGCGACACGGGCGGCUGGCUCGUGUAGUGGGACGCGGCCGUCAGUUCCAGGCACGGCCCGGCCGCUGGCACGGGUUGCUCGCGCUCCAGGUGCAGGCGGGCGGCGAAGGCCUCGCAGCUCUGCGCCACCGACAUGUGUUCGCCGAAGCCGCCGCGCCGCCUUCGGCACCCUGCGCCAGCUGCAUUUACAAACUUGCACCACAGUCCCGGCGCAAGCCUGCUCGGCCGCCCGGGAUGGCCGCGGGGCCGCCCCGCGGCUUCUCCUCAGGCACGGCGGCCGCCCCCCGGUCCGGGGUUCCAAGCGGAGCUCCGCCGAGAGCUCCACGCGGGUCGGGGGUGCAGUGGCAGUCGCCGCCAGCUGCGGCGGGGCAUCCGCGCUCGGGUCACCGCCUCCCGUUCUGCCGCGCCUCGGCCGGGCCUCGGCCCGCUUGCGGGCUCCGGGCAGAGGCGUACCGACUAUCA